UUCCAUUUCAUUCUAAAUCUCAAUUUUCCAUCUACCACCAGCCUCCUUCUCCUCUUCAAACUCAAAAAAGUUUUGUAAUUUAGACCCUAACGAAAACUUAGAAAUUAGUAGAAAGCUCGUCGUCGUCGUCGUGGCUUGGUCCCCCCCUCCUUGACUCAGAAAGAUGAACGGCGGCCCAUCUGGUUUCAACAAUGCACCAGUUACAAGAAUAUGUGUUAUUGCAAGCGCUAUCUUUAGCGUUUUCUUGGGGAUCAAAGGUGGCUCUAACAAGCUUGGAUUAUCGUAUCAGGAUAUUUUCAGGAAUCCACGUCUCUGGAAGUUAGUUUUGUCAGUUUUUGCCUUUUCAUCUACACCAGAAAUGAUGUUUGGGCUAUAUCUUCUUUACUACUUCAGGGUCUUUGAGAGACAGAUUGGUUCCAACAAGUACUCUGUCUUUAUUUUGUUCUCUGUGAUAGUCUCUUUGCUCUUUGAGGUCUUUGCUGUCACACUCCUUCAAGAUCCCUUAGCCAACCUUUUGACAUCAGGACCUUAUGGUCUUAUAUUUGCUUCAUAUGUUCCCUUCUACUUUGACAUUCCAGUAUCAACUCGGUUUCGAGUCGUUGGAGUCCACCUUUCUGACAAGUCUUUCAUAUAUCUAGCUGGUGUUCAGCUUCUUUUAUCAUCAUGGAAAAGAUCAAUUUUGCCUGGGAUAUGUGGUAUCCUUGCUGGUUCCUUGUAUCGUCUGAACCUCUUUGGCAUCCGUAAGGCGAAGUUCCCUGAGUUCAUAGCUUCAUUCUUCUCACGGCUUUCUUGGCCAUCUACGGGCAGUCCGCGUGGAGCAACUUCUAGGAAUGUAACAGGAAGUGCACCAUCCUAUGCUGGCCGUCAUGUGCAGAGAACCUAUCCUGCUCCCAUGGCUCCUUCCACCGAGCCAUCAGAGGAUGCCAUUGCUACUCUGGCUUCUAUGGGUUUUGAUAGGAACUCAGCUAGACAGGCACUUGUGCAGGCUAGGAAUGAUGUCAACACAGCUACAAACAUCCUUCUUGAAGCACAGUCCCACUGAUUCAUCAAUGCUGUGAAAUGGAAUUCAGGCUGUUAGUUUGGAGAUAAACCCAUCAAUAGUGAGACAUGGUGAUCAAUCGGAUGAACUUAUUUUGAUAACCAGAUAACACUCGGGGAUUCAUCAGGUGCUCCUGGCAUCAUUUUUUAGUGUUUUCCCUCUUGUUUAUUUUAUGGGGGGGUUUAUUCCACCUAAGUUGUCUCUUUUGAGAUUAGUAAUUCACACAGAAAUGUGUCUAAAACUUAGGAACCUGUAUAAUUGUUGACAGCAUAUGCAUGUCAUGGAGGGGCAAGUACAUAGUUGUCUUCACAUACUCGUAGCCUUUCUGAUCAAUUGAUCUCUUAUGGGACAUCUGGUGAAAAUGGUCGUGUUCAUAUGCUGACACUUUGUAAAUUUAUGUCUAAUAUUGAAUUUUAUGUUUAGGUAUA